UCAAGGCCGGAUUCGAAAGUAGCGGAAACUUCUGCUUCUCAUCUGCCUUCACCGCUCCCCACCUUCAAAGCAUGAGGAUCCCGCGACUCCCGUACGAUGCUCUUCCUCCUGUGCUUACUCAAUCCUUACAUGGGUUUCUUCUCUGGUUUGCCUCCACCUCCUCCGCUUCCCUAAUGAUCAGCCCCCUCUCAUGGAGGAGCCGCAGGUGCACGCUGUGCUCAACUUCCUCACCCGCAACGGCUUCUCCAACGUCGCCUCCCUCCUCCGCGACGACGCCAUCUCCCGAGGCCUCCAUCUAACCUCCAAUGAAGACUCUAUACCUCCGCUUCCGCCAUUAAGAACCACCCCCGUGGUCGUCGGAGCCCCUAGAUCGACCUCCUCGUCUUCCUCCGGCGAUUUCGUUAGCAUAGGCGCAUCGCCAUCCGAGUUGCGGAAUCCGUACGGAAUUUGGUCAUCUGGAUCAUCGGCGAGGAACUCGGAAUUUUGGACUGCGCGCGAGUGUAAUGAACCAUCUUUAUUUGGGGACGCCGGUUGGUACGGCGAUGAGUUGGGGGGAUACUUCAACGAUCCGUACUUGUUUCCGGCGAACCAGAGUGAUGACAAGUUUGUGAUGUCGAUUGCGGGGGAGGAGAGCUUUCUGAAGCAGGAGGGCAAUAGUUUUGAUUAUGGAGUGAAGACGGAAAGUUGUGUGGAUUUGGGUUCUGGCGUUCUUUAUGGAUGUUCGUUUCCGCUCUGUGAUUGCUGUAAAGGUAAUGGCGGGGAAAGAGCUAGCAGUUUGAAUCCGAGUUCUUCAAUUUAUGGAAGGUAUCAUAUAAUGGACGAUAAAACGGAAAGGUUGGAUGAGUGGGAGGCGGAUGGGGCUCGGUUGAAGUUGGUUGACGAUUGCACUGAGGUCAUUCCAUGGAGAGGUGAGUCGGGUGACUUUGAUCAAAGAAGAGAGGAUAAGGUUUUGGAACCCUUAUCUGGGGAGAAGAGCAUUCAGAAGCCUAGUGUAGAUGAAAUGAAUAACUUUGUUUUAACAGAUUGUCAUGUACUUUUGCAAAAUAAAUGUGCAAGUUCAGACCACUUCUCUGAGCAAGGAUUUUCAAAAAACAACAAUGGCGAAGUUUUAGGAAAAACAGAUUUUGCUGAAAAGCCUUUUUGUUGGAAGCCCUCUGAACUACAUGCUAAUGAUGGCUUUGACUGGGCAAAUAUUGAUGGAGAUCUCAAGGAAUCUGAAUCUCUAGCCGCUGGAGGUGUGAAUGAUGACAUUCCCGAUGAUCUUCAACUCCUUACUGCUAAUGAGGAUGAAUUUGAAACAUUUGAUUUGCGAAUUAUACAUCGCAAAAACAGAACUGGCUUUGAAGAAAAUAAAGAUUUCCAGAUUGUGUUAAACUCAGUUGUAGCUGGUAGAUAUUAUCUUACCGAGUAUCUGGGUUCUGCUGCAUUCAGCAAGGUUGUUCAGGCACAUGAUCUUUACACAGGAGCUGAUGUGUGCCUUAAAAUCAUAAAGAAUGACAAGGAUUUUUUUGAUCAGAGCUUGGAUGAAAUCAAGCUUCUCAAGUAUGUUAAUAAAAAUGAUCCUGCUGAUCAGCGUCAUUUGUUACGUCUAUAUGAUUACUUUUACUAUAAGGAACAUCUUUUUAUCGUGUGUGAGUUGCUUCGAGCAAAUCUAUAUGAAUUCCAAAAGUUUAAUCAAGAUUCAGGUGGGGAUGUAUAUUUCACUUUACACAGGAUACAGGCCAUAGCUCGACAGUGUCUAGAGGCUCUGGAGUUUCUGCAUCAUUUAGAAAUAAUCCAUUGUGAUCUAAAGCCGGAGAAUAUUCUCAUUAAGAGCUACAGUAAAUGUGAAGUCAAGGUUAUUGAUCUUGGAAGCAGUUGCUUCCUGACAGACCAGUUAUGUAUAUAUGUGCAGUCCCGAUCUUAUAGAGCUCCAGAAGUUAUUCUUGGUCUGCCCUAUGAUGAAAAAAUUGAUCUAUGGUCUCUUGGUUGCGUCUUAGCCGAGCUCUACACUGGUGAUGUGCUGUUUCUGAAUGACUCGCUGGUGAUGAUGCUUGCUCGAAUGGUAGGAAUAUUUGGUCCUUUCGACACAGACAUGCUCAACAAUGGUCAGGAAGCGCACAAGUAUUUCACAGAAGACUAUGAUCUGUAUUACAGAAAUGAGGAAACAGAUAAAAUAGAGUAUUUAAUACCAGAGAAAUCCUCACUGGCCUACCAUUUGCAAAUUAACGACGCAGCAUUUCUUGAUUUCCUUGGUCAUCUUCUCCAGUUAAACCCUAAGCGCAGAUUUACUGCAACCCAAGCCUUGAAACAUCGAUGGCUCUCUAUCCCCUAUAAGUGAAGUCUUCUUAUACGCUUCAUUAAAUAUCUUUUUUUUUUUUUUUUUCUGUUUUUUCUUAACCUUCGGAGAAGGUGAAUAUGCUGCUCCAUGGAAGAAAAAAUGGCACGUCCGGAUGGCCAAUUGUCGGGCGUCUCGUCUCUUAGUAAAUAGGACGCGUAUGUUGAUGUGGCACCUGGAGGUUGGCCGUCAAGACGUGUGGUGUCCGGACGUAAAAUUUUCUCAAUCUCAUGAGUAUCAUUUUGUUUCUGGUCUCAGGAUUUUUUUAUUUUUGGUUUUAUUCGUAAAUGAAAAUAGUUGUGUAAAUAUUCUGUUAAAAGUGGAAAAA